AUGAGCAGCUCGUCGCUGACCAAUGAGACAGAGAACUGCAGCAGCGAGUGCAGCAGCAGCGCCACCAGCACCACCUCCCCAAUGUUGGGCCACAUCCCCUCCGCUUCUACUCUCCCCUCUCCCUUCCCCAAUGAACACCCCCUGCACCCUACCACACUACCCCACCACUACACCCCACCGCCACCACCACCCCUGCCCCCGAACACACCUCCUCCUCCUCCCCCACCACCAACCUCCCUCUCCAGCCACGGUGUGUGGAAGAAGCGGCAGGUGCGGAGCUUUUUCUGGAAGCCCAUCCCAGAGGAGAAGGUGCGGGGGCAGCCCAACAUCUGGACCAUGGCGGUGCGCUGCCAGCAGCAGUACCAGAUCGAUGUGCGCUCCGUGGAGGAGCUGUUCGGCCAGCCGGAGGAAGUGCAGGGCCGAGGGUGUGUGCCCGCCACCAGUGGAUCCUCCUCAGCCCGCAUCACCCGGUCCAGGUCCUUCAAGGAGAACAAGGACAAGAUCAGCAUUCUGGACUCCAAGCGGGGCAUGAACGUGGGCAUUUUCCUCAGGCAGUUCAAGAAGUCCAAUCACUCCAUCGUCGAGGACAUUCGCCAGGGAGAUGGCAAGCUGUACGGAGCUGAACUCCUCAAAGACCUGCUCAAACUCCUGCCCGAGUCUGAAGAGGUAAAGAAACUGAGGGCGUUCAAAGGGGACUCCAGCAAACUGACCCUGGCAGACUCCUUCAUGUACCUGUUGAUCCAGGUGCCUCGGUUUGAGUUGCGCAUCGAAGCCAUGGUCCUGCGUGAGGAGUUCUUUCAGUCCUGCGCUGUGAUGAGCCAUGAGAUCGAUGUCAUCCGCGUGGCCACCAAAGAGCUGAUGACUUGUGAGGAACUACACGCCAUCCUCCACCUGGUCCUGCAGGCUGGAAACAUCAUGAACGCUGGUGGCUACGCGGGCAAUGCCGUGGGCUUCAAGCUGUCAUCGCUCCUCUCGCUGGCCGACACCAAGGCCAACAAACCUGGCAUGAACCUGCUGCAUUUUGUGGCUUUGGAGGCACAGAAGAAGGACGAGAAGCUGCUGAAGUUCCCUGAGAAACUUCAGGACAUCCAGAGCGCUUCCAGAAUAUCAGUGGAAAACAUUGAGUUGGAGUUCUCGUCUCUCUACGUCAGGACCAGAUCCCUGGAGGAGAAGGUCCAGAGUGACCCAGAGCUCCUGGAGCAGCUGAAUCCCUUCCUGCAGUGCUCCACAAGGACACUCCUGGACCUGAAGAGGUGUAGGCUGGACCUGCGGAAGGAGGGUAAAUCGCUUAUUGACUUCUUCUGUGAAGACAAGGACACCUUCAUGCUGGAUGAGUGCUUCCGCAUCUUACAGGACUUCUGUCUCAAGUUCAAAAAGGCUGUCAAGGAUAACCGGGAGCGGGAGCAUAAAGAGGCGGCCAGGCAGCGGCGUCUCAGAGAGCUGGAGGAGAAGCGCUUUGCCUGGAAUGCCGACCAGCAGCAGGCUGCUGGCGCAGGUAAUGGCGGCUUCGGCCGCAGCAGCAGCGAGAACGACAUGGAUAUGCUCACCAAGGAGGGCCUCCUGGACUUCCUCCAGCAGCGUCCCGCCAGCCCCCACAGCCCCCUGGGUCGUUCAGCCAGCGCCCGUCGCCACCGCCACACCGUGGCCGCCAUGGCCGACCGCGAGCUUAACGAAUACCUGGAGCUGUUCGGCAGUGACACGGCACUACCAGCUGACUAUGCCAACAAGUUCAACAGCCUGCCGCGCUCCGGCCGCACCCUCCAUCGGAGAACCGCCCCCUGUCUUGUGUCCCAGGAUGACAACCACAAGCUGGGGAAUGGGCAGCAGGUGCUGGCCACGUCACACCGGGCUGAGACGGAGCCCAUCAGCCCCUUGGCCAUGUACUCUUUCACAGGCUUUAAUGCCAACGAGGAACCGUAUAACAAUAAUAACAAUUACACGACCGUGUCCGAGGGGAGCUAUCUGCCUCGCUCAUGUCAGAACCGUAACGUCUUUCAGAAGACGCCCAACCCCGGAGCGAGCGUCACGGCACACAUGAACGUCAGCGUGGAGAGGCACACUCUAGUCCUGGGAAUUCAACAGUUUGACCUCCCCAGUCCGAACAAUAACACAAAUCAAAUGCACUUCGUUGACCACAAAGACUUGGUGGUAGCGGACUUGGAAAUGAAGACGGAAUCUCCAAAGACACUCCUUUUGAAUACCCCUCCUCCUUGUCCAAAGAGUUUGGAAAGAGGACCAGAGCCUGUGGCGUGGGGAGGUAAAAUGCCGUCCUCUCAGUUUGUGGUUGGCUCGCUUCAGAAGGAGGAAGAGGAGGAAAGCAGCAUCGUCUCCUCAACCACCUGUGAUAUGCCCCUCCCUCUUGACCCCUCUGUAUCCAAUAAGAAACCGGUGUUCUACAUCUUAGACUGCACAGAAACGGACUGCUCCGUAGCGCUUGACUACUCUGACAUCGAAAGCUCGCCUCUAAUGAGGGAAGGAUUGGUUCCUGAUGUAAAAAACACUGACUGCAACAACAUCCAGGGGAACCUUCGAGACCCCAGCUCACUAUCCUCCAACUCCAACUUUGAUUCCACAUCCAAAAACGAUCAGUCCGUCUCUGCCUCCACAAAUGAGCUGUCGGUGUCAAAGUCCACAGACGAACGUGCCCCAUCCGUUGGCUCACUCGUCACCACGGAAGAGGGGGACACAGAUAGCUGGGACACGGCAGAGGCUAGGCAGGUGGGCGAGAAAGCUGUACAGACAUAUAGCCAUAAACCAACAAACACCAAGACCAAGAAUGUGUCAAAAGUUUCCAAAAACAGCAAAGUGGGUUGCGGCGUCAGGAUAUUGAACACCACUGAGAACCACGGCAUGCGGAAGGUGGUGCCCAUCACCAAGCUAAGCCGGACUGGCCAUAAUGCCAGGCGGGUGGAGAGACGCGCCGGGGGCCAUGAGGGUGCCAGGCAGCCGCUCAUCGACAAGAGCACCCCAGCCAGGGAGAGGGGUGAGAAGACCGGUUGGCCCGCCCGCCACUCCAGCUUGCCCCCAGAGACCAAAUCCCAGGGGAAUGCUGGCUUCUCUGGCUGGGCACGUGACCUCAACCUGCGAAAGCCCUCCUUCCGCAAGCCCAGCGCCAAGCCGCUGAGGAACCUGUCCAAGGCACCGCCGGAGGAGAAGAUGUGCCGCUCCACCAUGAGAGCCCUGGCUGCUCAGGCCCAAGGUCAGGUUAGGACACCCUCUGAGGCUGGCGCUCCCGAGACACCUACUCACAGCUCCAAAACCCCAUCAGCCACCCUGCCUGGCUGGGCACGCAACACUGUGGCCUCCUCCUCUCGGACCACCAAGAAGGAACUCGCUCCAACCCUCUCCAACCCCCCGACCCCCUCCAGGAGCCCCUCUCUCCUGUCCCGGAGCAGCUCCCAGAGUCAAGCACCCGCUCGGCCUCAAGCCGCUGCCACAACCACACCUCCUGCCAAAGGGGGGCAGCAUUCACCCCGGGGGGAGGAGAAGGAAAAGGCCCAAGGGGGUGGUCUGCAGAGGGUGCAGAGCGUCAGGGCAUCAAGCCGGGCGAGCACUCAGCGUAGCGACACCCCCCCAUCGCCGCCCACCCGUGGGCGCUCACGCAAGAGCAGCAGCUUCUCCGAAAAAUCUGUCCAAUCCACUACGUCAUGUAGGACCAUCAAGCCCACCUGGAAGUAGAACUCAAAUAUAGUGGAACUUGAUUGGAGCAAGAGAGGAAGAAAUGUACUAUGGUUUUCCCCACAUACUGUAGACUGACAUUUUGUGUCCUCUUUCAUUAGCUACUCUAAGACAUCCCACCUCAUCCAUAUCAAGUCAUUAUACAGGGCUUCGUCAACACGUAUUGUAUGAACUGCAAAAAUAUAUAAUGCACUGUAUAAGAUUAUUUCUUCAUGAGCCCACGUUUGUUUUUGAGCAUUCUUCACGGGGAGACAGAACUGACAAAUGGCAAAAUCCCCCUUUUUUCCUUCUUUGCCUGCGUUGUGGUCUUAAACUCUAUUUAAUAAGGUAUGUCAAAAAAGAAGAAGAAUUAUUAUGCUUUAGUUUUACAACCCAUUUUAAGAUGGUGUUUACAUGGUAUUUACUUAAAAACGAUGUGGUAGUAACAAUGGAUAUUUUCUGGUACUCACCUCAAAGAAUUCAACACUAUUGGUAAUUUACUGUUACCAAAUGGCACAUAGCGACACGUGUGUCAACGCAUCUCGUGUGAUUACUAUGCAAUUAUUAGAUAAUUACCAUUUAAACAAGUACUUUCUAGGUAACUACCUGGUAAACAAUGACUGUAAAAUGAAGUGUUACUGAAAACCCACUACUGAACAUGCUUGAAUGCUGCUAAUUAGCUUUGACAAUUUGGGGACUGUGUUAGUGUCUUCAUUCAGGGUAUGAGCUUUGUAAGACGCUGCCUUUCUGCUGUUGUGAUUGUGACUUUGAUUUCCGUGGUUCUCUACAUUCCUUUAUACUGAUUUAGUCUGAGUCUGAUCCAAUAGGGUUCAUUUGGAAUUGGCAAAAAAGAGCUGGUCCAAUCAGUGUCUUCCCAGAUACUAUGUGCGGGACAAUAAUGAGGGGGGGGGGGGGGGGGG